CUGCACAGAGCUGAACACAUGUUGUGUCUCUUUUCACGUCACCUAUUCAGCGGCGCAGGCACCUCAAAGCUCCUGUCAACUUCACAAUUGACCUUAUCGACAUUAGUCAGAAUUUGUCUUUCAGCCCUGACACAAACGGUACUAGGCCAUCUAUACUGCGCCGUUGGCACUAAUGAAAGAUACCACGCCUCCAAGGUCAGGUUAAGGAACAAGCACGCAUUGCAACAGACAAUCUUUUAGUUGAUAUCCAAAUCCGUAAGUUGAGUCAUACAAGCCAUUGUCCUAACAAUUGAACUAAGCCUCAAAUAAUAGUCCUGGCAAAGGUACAAAAAGAAAGAGGUUGCGGAAAUUACAUGUAUUUACUCCACUCUUUCUUAAUACAUUUUCAUGAUGACUGACGGAUCUGCUCAGUUCAACUUCCCCAAGGAGGAGGAAAAAAUCCUCGAGUUCUGGCGUGAGAUUAAUGCUUUCAAGCGUUCCCAGGAACUUAACAAGGACAAGAAACCAUUUACCUUCUUUGAUGGACCUCCCUUUGCUACUGGUCUUCCUCACUAUGGACAUUUGCUCGCUGGUACUAUCAAGGAUAUUGUUACUCGUUAUGCUCACAGCAACGGCCACAGUGUCGAGCGUCGCUUCGGUUGGGACUGCCACGGUUUGCCCGUUGAGUAUGAAGUAGAUAAGGCUUUGGGUAUUACUGGAAAGGCUGAUGUCAUGGCAAUGGGUAUUGACAAGUAUAACGAAGAAUGCCGUAGUAUUGUGAUGAGAUAUGCUGAGGAGUGGCGCCUGACUGUUGAACGUGCUGGUCGCUGGAUCGACUUUGAUAAUGAUUAUAAAACCCUCAAUGUCGAGUUCAUGGAAUCUGUCUGGUGGGUCUUCAAGACCCUUUACGACAAGGGUCAAGUCUACCGCGGAUCCCGUGUUAUGCCCUUCUCCACCGCCUGUCGCACUCCUGUCUCCAAUUUCGAGGCGCAGCAGAACUACAAGGACGUCAGUGAUCCCUCUGUCGUCGUCUCAUUUCCCCUUGUCGAUGAUCCCUCUGUUCAGUUCCUUGCCUGGACAACCACUCCAUGGACUCUUCCCUCUAACUUGGCUCUUUGCGUUAACCCUAAUCACGAUUUCAUCAAGUUUGUGGAUGAGGCCACCGGAAACACCUAUAUCAUGGUCGAGAAGUGUCUCUCGAUUCUUUACAAGGAUCCUACCAAGGCUAAAUUCAAGAUCAUUGACAGGAUGAAGGGCUCUGACCUUAAGGGUAUUAAGUACGUUCCUAUUUUCAACUACUAUUAUGAGGAAUUCAAGGACAGAGGAUUCCGUAUCUUGAACGACGAGUAUGUUGAAGAAGGUGCAGGUACAGGCGUCGUCCAUCAGGCCCCCGCAUUCGGAGAAGACGAUUACCGCGUCUGUAUCAAUCAUGGUGUCAUCACUGCUGAUGGUCACAUUCCCUGCCCUGUUGAUGAAGCUGGAAAAUACUUUGAUGAGAUCACUGAUUUCAAAGGUAUUCACGUCAAGGAGGCCGACAAAUUGAUUCAGAAGCACAUCAAGGGGCUAAACCGCUUGAUUGUCCAGACUCAGCUCAACCAUAGUUAUCCUUUCUGCUGGCGUUCAGACACUCCUUUGAUCUACAAGGCCGUACCAUCUUGGUUCGUUCGUGUCCAGCCUGUUGUUGACAGGAUGUUGAAGAACAAUGCUGAGUCCCGCUGGGUCCCUGGAUUUGUUCAGGAAAAACGCUUUGCUAACUGGAUUGGUAAUGCCCGCGACUGGAAUAUCUCUCGCUCCCGUUACUGGGGCACACCCAUUCCUAUCUGGGCCACUGAAGACUUUUCGGAGAUGCACUGUGUUGGCUCUUUGCAGGAAUUGGAGGAGCUCACUGGGUGCGGUAAGUUGACCGACAUUCACCGUCACUUCAUUGACCAUCUUACCUUCAAAUCACCCAAGACUGGAAAAACUAUGCGCCGUGUUGAAGAUGUUUUUGAUUGCUGGUUUGAGUCCGGAUCUAUGCCCUAUGCCCAACAACACUAUCCUUUCGAGAACAAAGAGUCAUUUAAAAAUGGAUUCCCAGCUGACUUUAUCUCAGAAGGUCUUGACCAGACUCGCGGUUGGUUCUACACCUUGUUGGUCCUUUCGACUCAUCUCUUUGACACCCCCCCGGCCAAAAACCAGAUUGUUAGCGGUCUUGUCCUUGCCGCAGAUGGCAAGAAGAUGUCAAAGCGUUUGAAGAAUUACCCUGAAGUUAGCCUCAUUCUGAAUGCCUAUGGUGCUGAUGCUCUUCGACUUUACCUCAUCAACUCACCUGUCGUCCGUGCUGAAACCUUAAAGUUCAAGGAGGAGGGUGUCAAGGAGGUCAUCACCAAGGUUUUCUUGCCCUGGUACAAUGCUUACAAAUUCUUUGUCAACCAGACAGUUUUGUUGAAGAAGGAGUUCAACCAUGACUUUAUCUACAAUGCUUCGUUGAAAAAGAGUGACAAUGUUAUGGAUCGCUGGAUGUUAGCUUCAUGCCAGAGCUUGAUAAAGUAUGUGCGUGAAGAGAUGUCCAACUACCGCCUGUACACUGUGGUUCCCCGUCUAUUGCGUCUGAUUGAGGAGCUGACCAACUGGUAUGUCCGCUUCAAUCGCCGUCGUCUCAAGGGCGAGAACAGUCUUGAGGAUGCAAUCCAGGCAAUGAAUACUCUAUUUGAGGUCUUGUUCACAUUGGUGCGUUGCAUGUCACCUUUCACCCCAUUCUUGACUGAGAAUAUGUACCAAACCCUCAAGAACUUUGUACCAAAGGAUGGUAGUGUCGUGGACAAUCGCUCUGUCCAUUUCCUGUCAUUCCCUGAGGUCAGAGAAGAAUACUUUGAUGAUGACAUUGAGCGUGCCAUGUCGAGGAUGCAGGCCGUUAUCGAGUUGGGACGCACUAUCCGUGAGCGUAAGACCAUUAGCUUGAAAACGCCUUUGAAGGAGUUGGUCGUUAUUCACCCUAAUCCUCAAUACCAUGCCGAUGUCAAGGCAUUGGAGAGCUAUAUUGUGGAUGAGCUCAACGUCCGCACAUUGGUGGUUACUUCUAAUGAGGCUCAAUAUGGCGUCAAGUACACUGUUGAGGCUGAUUUCCGUUCUUUGGGUGCCAAGCUCAAGAAAGAUGCUGUCAAGGUCAAGAAUGCUUUGCCCAAACUCAGCGAGGAACAGAUUAAGGACUUUAUCAGGACUAAGAAGAUUACGAUUGAGGGUCAUGAUCUGAGUGAAGAGGAUCUGACUGUGAUUCGCUACUUCGAAGCAUCUGAUAACAGCUUGGAGACUAACACGGACAAGGAUGUUUUGAUCUUGUUGGAUGUCAAGCGUUACCCUGAAUUGGAACAGGAGGGUCUUGCUCGUGAGGUGAUCAACCGUGUGCAGCGUCUGCGCAAGAAGGCCAACUUGGAGCCUACUGAUAUGAUUCACAUGUAUUAUGAGUUCACUCAGGAUUUGAACAAUGCAUUGGAGCAGGUGAUCAAGGGACAGGAGGAGACACUCGUCAAGGUGCUGAAGCGUACAUUGUACCCAAUCAGCAACAAAAAACCUACGGAUGUUGUAAUCAUUGAGGAGGCACAGGAAGUCAACGGCUCAGCCUUCAACCUGACCCUUGUGCGCGAUUUGUAAGAACAAAUGGUUGCAAUAGAACCCAAUAGACUGACUUUCUCACAUAUCCAUCAUUUUUUUUUCUGCCCUUUUUUUCUCUACCUUUGCACAUGAAAUAAACAAACAAUCUAGUCCCCAUUCUUGUAAAAAAAAUAAAAUAAAAAAACCCAUAGUG